UACCACCACCACCGUCACCUCUCGCGGCGUGACGUAACGAGAGCGAGAAGGAGAGAACGAGUCACUUAUAUUUCUGGGGACCGUGACACCAUCGUCAGUCUGGCCCGGUGUUCCUGACGAAGACGCAGCGGCGACAGACAGCUCCUGAGGUCCCCGGGCGGCGGAAGUCAUGUGGUCCUCAAGUCGAGUGGCGGUGGCGGUGGCGGUAGUGGUGGCGGGGCUGGCGGUGGUGGUGGUGGCGGACGCGGACCCAACCUACGGACGCCGCCCCCCGCCCUGCUAUCCCAAGGUCCACUACGUCACCAAGUACCAGACCAAGUACAAGGACGUCCCAGUGUACCAAACGGUCUACAAGGAAAAGUACAUCCCCACUCCUUACUACGAGACUUUCUACCAGACCGUGUAUAAAACUAACUACAAGACGGAGUAUGUGCCCAAGUACGUGACAGAGACCGUGUACAAACCCCAAGUGAAGUAUGAAACCCACUACGAAACGGUGUACAAGACGCAGUACCAGCCGGAAUACGUCACCACCACCCACUACACGCCCAAGUACGUGACGGAGACCGAGUACCAAGACCACUACGUCACCCAGACCAAGUACCAGACCGAUUACAAGACGGAGUAUGUGCCUCAGUACGUCACCAAGACCGAUGUCAAGUACCAGACCGAUUACAAGACGGAGUACGUGCCGCAGUACCACACGGUCACCAAGACAGAGCAGACCUACAAGACAGUGUGUCCUAAGCCUUCCUACGGCGGCGGUGGCUACGGUAGUGGUGGUGGUGGUGGUGGUGGUGGCUACGGUGGUGGUGGUGGUGGUGGAUACGGUGGUGGUGGCUAUGGUGAUGAUGGGUAUGAUGGAGGGUAUGGGGGAGGGUACGGUGGUGGUGGUGGUGGUGGUGGUGGUGGUGAUGGGUAUGGGUAUGGUCACUGAGGAGCGGGUCUCGUCACUAGGAAGCCAAGUAAUGUUAGUGUGAAUACCUUCUCUUUGUUAUGUUGGUGUUGAGAUUUAAUAAAGUUAGCUCGACGUUU